CGUAAAGAGCCAAGAGGCUGGUGUUGAAAACAGUGGAAACAGAACCCAUUGUGGUGUUGGAGAGGAGUGAGCCGCCACCUGAGAGUGCCAGCAAAGAGCCAGUUUGGUCGCCGCAGAGGGACGCAUGGUCCGCGGACACACAUGGACGCGAGUGCACGACGCGGACGAUGUAGUCCUUUGUGAGGAGCACCGCGUCGGCCAGUCGGAAAGAUCCGGUAUAUGAAGAGUUAAGACUCGACAUCCCAACUGUUUAUUCCAGCAGCUAGCAGGCUAGCUGGCUAGAUACCCAAGAGCUAGAAAUGGGAAGCCCGUGCGAGUGUGUUUGAUAGAGAUCUCCGUCGAGCUUUGAGCAGGCAGCCGUCGGCUCCAGCUGCUGUCUGUGGGGCUUUAAAGUGUCCGUCGCCCGCAACUUUAAAGACCGAUAUGAACUGAGCGCUAACCAUUCCGCUACUACGGACCCGGGGAGGGAAAAGUCACACAGGACGGCUGGCUUCCUGUUUGCCCACAAACAGCAGGACGAAAGAACAUGACACACUGGCCACUGCCAGAGACUGGCACAGGGCGACUGUGCCAACCUCGCCCCAGCCUGCCCCUUUAGAAGCUAACCCUUUGCGUCACGAUGGAGAGGCAUUGAGGUUGGCUCCCUGACGAUCUUCUCCAAUACCUCUCCACCUCCCAGUCCCUCAGCACCCUCCCCGCCCCUGCCCUCAACAUGCUGCGCUUCCUGCCUCUCAAGCUGGGCCGCCUGUACCGCUGUCUGAAGCUGCUGCUGGUGGUUGGAUUGUUUGUCAUUUUGCUGAUGAACACGCACAACCUGUUUGCCUCCUUCCAGAAGAAUGAGCUCACGGACAGACGAUUCAUCAACCUCAACAAGUGUCCCGCCUGCUUUGGCACCAGCUGGUGCCGCAAGUUCAUGAAUGGCCAGGUUUCGUUCGAGACUUGGGGACGACUGCGGUUUCUAGACGUGUUUAAUGUCAAGAACGUUUAUUUUGCCCAGUACGGCGAGCCCAGGGAGGGCACCCGCCGCGUGGUGCUGAAGAGACUCGGCUCCAACCAGGAACUGGCCGAGAUAGAUCAGAAAAUCUGCAAGCGGGCCACAGGAAGGCCGCGCUGCGACAUCAUUCAGGCGAUGUACAAGACUGAGUUCGCCCGGAUCAACGGCGACGUCCGUCUGCUCACCCCAGAGGUGGUGGAGGGCUGGUCGGACCUGGUACACUGCCCCUCGCAAAGGCUGCUGGACCGUGUAGUGCGCAGAUAUGCUGAGACCAAGGACUCGGGGAGCUUCCUGCUAAAGAACCUGAAGGACACAGAGAGAAUGCAGCUGCUCAUGACUCUGGCUUUCAACCCUGAGCCCCUUGUACUACAGAGUUUCCCGUCAGACGAAGGGUGGCCGUUCGCGAAGUACCUGGGAGCCUGCGGCCGCAUGGUGGCCGUCAACUACGUGGGCGAGGAGCUGUGGAGCUUCUACAACGCGCCGUGGGAGAAACGGGUGGACUUGGCGCGCCAGCUGAUGGACAUUGCGGAGCAGCUCACCAACAAUGACUUUGAGUUUGCGCUCUACCUGCUCGACGUCAGCUUCGACAACUUCGCGGUGGGCCCGCGCGACGGCAAGGUCAUCGUCGUGGACGCGGAGAACGUCCUCGUGGCGGACAAAAGGCUCAUCAAGCAGAAUAAGCCAGAGAGCUUUGAUGUGUGGUAUGAGAGCCGUUUCGAGGAAUGCGACAGGGAGGCCUGCUUGUCUUUCUCAAAGGACUCCCUUUGUUCCCGGGUCACUGUGGACCACAACUAUUACGCCGUGUGCCAGAACCUGCUGUCGCGGUACGCCACGUGGCGGGGCACCACCGGAGGCCUCCUCCACGACCCGCCCGCCCACAUAGCCAAAGACGGGCAACUGGAGGCGCUGCUGGACGAAUGCACCAAGCCCAAAAAGCGCUACGGCCGCUUCCAGGCGGCCAAGGAACUGCGCGAAUACCUCACACAGCUAGCUGCCGCUUCCUCCUCCGCCACAGCGAGGUAAUAAACGGGGUCGGCGUUGGCCCGACGCACCGAAAAAGACUGGAUUCCGUAACUCUUUAUCUCCGGACUCUUGAGAUCCUGGUUCUUGUACAUGAUGUCAUCCGUUUCCCUUUGUGCACCGGAGCGGGGAGGUGUUCGGUCUCGCAUCAGAGAGCAAGAAUCAAACUUCAAAGCCGAUUAGUUAAAGCUUGGAGCUUUUACCUGACUCUGCUCCCGUGUGAAAGCGGAGUGUGGCACCACUAAAUUCUGCUUAGAACCAGGAUAGAGAGGGAUAGAGGUAACUUCUCCCCUCCCAGGGUGGGCUGUCGCCGCCUGUGGGGGGGGGGGGGCGGGCGGUCGAUAGGAAAAGGGCUCUGGUAGACGCAUCCUUCAGUCGACCCAGGCUAAUGCAAACCAGAGCGUUCAAUUAACGUCACACAGCCUGACCACAUGCAUCCUGCUGUUCACUCCAACCAUGGAAGCUCCUGUUUUGUAACCUCACAUUUUCACUGUUAUUUUCCCCCACAGUCACUCCAAUUUUUUUUUUUUUCUUUUUCAUCUAAGUAUUUGUUCUUUUCAGGGCUGAAUUUUGAAUCAAUUGGUGCAUUUACUUUUAUUUUUUGCUGUGCCAUGCUUUUUUUUUUUUUUUCUUUUUCCCCCCCACCUCUGUAGCGUUGCUGCAGGGAAGGUGAAGGUUGCAUGAAUUUCCUGCUGUCAGACAGCGGGGAAGCUCAAGGUAUAGUCGGUAGGAGAGGAGAGGCACGAGGCUUCAGGGGUUUGCUUUUGAUGUGGGAGAGAGGGAAAAAAAAAAUCAGACCCUUGACAGCUAUACAAGUAUAAUUUCCUCCUACUCCAAUCAAUCACUUGAUUUCCAGGUUUCAGGAUUGUGGCAAUCAUCGUUUUUAUGAGUGUUUAUUUUUUUUUUUUCCUUUAAUAGGAAGCGGAGAGAGUGAGACAGCUGCACAUAGGAAAAAGAAGGCGAUAAUUGGACAUGGGUAGUCCCUUGAUGCAGAUGUGCCUAUACCAAAGAGGCUUAUAUGUGAUGUUAGGAACUCUGAGCAGUACAGAGACAGUAGCUUUCCCUCCAGUCGUUCUCCACUGGAGGACUUCAUUUGUGCACACGCUAACAUGAACUGGCAGACCCGCAUACCUUUUUUGUGUUCUUUCUCCCUAAGAAAUCCAUCUAGACGUUUGUAAGGAUAUUUUUUUUCACACGAGUCUGGACCAAAGCAGAGGAAAAAAAAAAUAAAGGAAGAAGAAGAAGGAAAUAGGAAAUGUUUAGCUCUGGUUCUGGUUUGCUUUCUGUUCCCACUGAUAUUUUGGACCAAAACACGUAAACAGACGUCAGACUGGAUUAUUCUGUUGUAGUAUGCAACUCUUCGGCGGUAGUAUUGUUCCUCCCCAAACCUCACAAUCACUCAUGAGAUGUUUACAGGAGUCAAAACAGAUGCCGGAAUUCCUGGGUGGCUCCGGCUCGUGCAGGAUCCGCCGUGAGGAAGCCGCCGCGGUUCUGACAGCUGUCAUGGCGUUCGGUCCGUUCAGACGUCUUGAGGUUCUCGCUGCCGCCGCUUUGAGUCGAGGAGCUGGUUUUGUAAGCUGACCCACUUUCUGAUGUGGCGCGCAGCAUGCUUCAGACGAGUUCACCGCACUAACGGAACAAUCACUCCAGAGUUUGUUUGAACACGAGUGUGAAUAAAGCCGACAAGGAAACUUUUUUUUUUGUUACGUCACCUUCAUUUUGCUUUAUCAGCCUCAUGGACUUCAUCAGUGAUCGAGGAAAUGUAGACAAGUUUUUCCUUCCAUAGGGUGUAAAACAAGGAUUAAAGAAGUCUUCAGUGAUUAUUAAGAGCGCUUGAAAACAUGAUAAAUGUGUCCUCUGGAGCCAGAUUCUCUUUUAAAUGUCAGUAAUUGAUAGAUUAACUCCAUUGUCAGAUUUCUCCCAGUAGCGCUGAGCACAUCAAGUCAAUGGUAUAAAAGGGAAUGAAGAUAUCCUAAAUUAGUUUCGUGCUCCUGACUUCCACUUUCAGAUUCCACCACUCAGAAAUGUCCCUUGAAUAUUUUAAACCUCUGAACCACAAACAGGAUGAGGUGUUUUCCUUUUUUGAAAGGACCGACAAAUUAAAACGUAAUGAUAAAUAUAGGAUCAUCCAGAUGACGGUUAAAAUAACCUGGAAUUACCACACCUGUCUCUGGAUACAGAUGUUUUGGAUCAGAUGCUGAAUGCCCAGUGGAGUGUUGUGUAGCACAGUCAAUAAGCAGGUCGAUAAUCAAGUAAAUUUCAGCGAAUUCAUUUUUUGUUUUUUGUUUUUUCCCCUCGCCCCUCUGUUUAGACUCAACCAUCCAAUGUGACCCUCUCUGCCAGUGAAGAAAAGCAAUAAAAAAAAUAAAAUAAAAGGUUUGGUUGGUAGAUUUCAGAUGUUGUAAACCUCAGACUCUUCUGUUGUGUCAGUUUUUGUUUCUCCGGCGUGGAGGACGCUCGGCUCGGACGGAUCUGUUCAUGUGUAACUAACUGUUCACCUUUGUACUGUAUUUUCUUUGAGUAUUAUAUCAGCAUUGUCUGAUUUUUCCUGUGCCUUUCAUUCAAAAGUUGUUGCUACAACUUUUAGUGGGUUUAAAUAUUAAAAUAAAUGAAGCUAUAUAUAUAUAUAUAUAUCUGAGUAUAUAUAUAUAUGUAGAUAUACACUGA